AUGGUGACCAUGGUGGCCAUCACCCCAUCAGUGGGGAUGAGUGGCACCUGGACCUGGGGGGGGGAUGGCUGGAGACCUGGCCCAAGCCCUGGCUGGAGGGGGCACCUGGAGAUCUUGUUCCCCUGGAAAAUGGGACUCGGGGUCAAUUCUCUCCCUCUGGAAUUAGUGGAGAGCCCCAGAGCCCUUGGGGCGGGGGUGUGUGUCCAUCGGGGUCUGGGGGAUCCCUUAGGACUCCACAGGCAUCUGGGGAGGGCUCGGUACUCGGUGCACAACAGCGAGGAGCGGAAGGAUGUGUUCCUCAGCUCCUCGGAGUGCUCCUUCAAGGUGGAGAGCCUCAAGCGCGGCACCUUGUCCAAGGUGAAGCCGGUGGCCAAGACCAGCGUGAGGGCCAGCCGUGUCAGCGAGAUCAUGGAAGCCAAGACCCACGGCAGAGAGCCCUCCUUCAGCAAGGACCAGCAGGGCUGGAGCAGCGGGGGCUGCCCCAUCACCGCCAUCGUCCUGGAGUACCGGCCCAAGGGCAACUGGGUCUGGCAGAGCCUCCGCACCAACAGCUCCAGCGAGGUCUUCCUGAGGGAGCUGCGGGAGGCCACCUGGUACGAGCUCCGCAUGAAGGCCUGCAACAGCCCUAGGCACUGUCCCCCGCAUCGAGUCCACCCGAGGGGAGGGCGAUGA